AUGUCAGGGAAGUUCAGCUUUACUACAGCUGAUCGGAGAGCUUCAACGUCUGUUGCGGGUUCUUUGGGAAGGACAAGUCUUUUUAUUCCUCAGGAUUUCAUUGAGAGAAACUCAUCACAACUUGAAAAUGCACUUGACGGUAUGGAUUCGACUUCAGAAGGAGAAGAUAACGAGGAAGAUACCCAAGAUGAGGAAGAGCAAAGAACACUACUUGCAAAUGCAGUUGAAGCUGAAUCUUCUCAGCCAUUGCAAUCCCAAUCAAGAAAUGACUUGACAUUACCUCCAAUAACGCACUCCACGUCUGUUGCUACAUCUGUUGCAUCAGGAAGACAUCUGGGAAGAAAAACAACAAAGCAGAUACUUUCAGAGGAAGCGGAUCUCCUUGAAAGAAACGGGAUCCCAGUAAGAAGAUAUUCGACGAUUUCUGCCACUCCUCGUGAAGGUGUUCAGGCAUCGGAACUUAUACCAACAAGGAUAAUGCGAGUUCCUUCAUAUGGUGCCCUAAGUCGGGUCGCUACGAAACAGGAAAUAGAACCUGAGGAUGCCUCUGUUAUAGAUCAAAACUGGCAGGAGGCUAUAAGGUCCGGCAAAAUACAAACCACGCCAGCAUUCGAAUUCAAAACAAUAUUUACUUCAUCCAUUCCGCUCAUUAUUACGUUUCUUUUACAGAGUUCUCUUGGUGUUUGUUCUGUGUUUGCCGUGGGCCACAUUUCGCCAAAGGCCUUGGCUGGUGUCACACUUGGUAUGAUGAGCUCUAACAUGACCGCUAUUGCUGUUAUUGCAGGUCUUGCAUCGUCGUUGGACACCUUUCUUCCUCAAGCUUACGGUGCUCGCAAGUUUAAAUUGGUCGGGCUUAUCUUCCAACGUUGUGUCACGUUAAUUCUUUGCGUUAUGGUUGUUGUGUGCACAUUGUGGUGGCUCUAUGCGGAAAGAGUACUCCUCACAAUUCUACCUGACCCUGAAAGUGCUCAUUAUGCAGCACAGUACCUCAAGGUCACGUCGUUUGGAAUUCCAGGCUACGUUUUAUUUGAAACAGGCAAGAGGUUCCUACAAGCACAGGGAAUAUUUGAUGCUUCCACAUAUGUGCUUUUCGUCUGUGCACCUCUUAACGCAAUUAUGAAUUACACGUUCGUCUGGAAACUCGGAUUCGGAUACAUUGGAGCACCCAUGGCCGUGGCAUUUAAUUAUACUCUAAUGGCACUUGGCCUUUUCCUGUAUACUGUCUAUACGAAGAGUGAGAUGAAUCCAAGAAAAUGCUGGAAUGGAAUCCACCCCAAGAAGAUAUUCCGAAACUGGGGCGAGUUGAUCUGGUUGAGUAUUCCGAACUUGAUCAUGAUCGUUUCUGAGUUCCUCAGUUUUGAGAUUCUGACCUUUUUGGCAAGUUAUCUUGGCACAACCGUUUUGGCCGCACAAUCUGUUGUUGCAACAAUGGCCUCAUUGACUUAUCAAGUUCCUUAUGGUGUCUCAAUUGCCGCUUCAACACGUAUUGCAAACUUUCUUGGAGCACAGCUUCCCGAUGCGGCCCACGUUACUGCCAAAGUUGUUUUCGCCUUCACUGGAUUUGUGGGAUUGUUCAAUUGCUCAUUUAUAUUCUUCGGUAGGUACAGAAUAGCUGAUUGGUUCUCCAACGACGCUGACGUCAUCAAGGUGGUUUCGCACGUCUUCCCAGUAAUCGCAUUCAUCCAAAUAUUCGAUGCUUUGAAUGCAACUUCUGCAGGCUGUCUCCGUGGACAAGGCAUGCAGAAAAUAGGAGGUUACGCUAAUUUGAUCUCAUAUUAUUUAAUCGGAAUACCGAUUGGUGCUGUGUUGGCUUUCCUAUAUCCAAAAUCGCAUCCAUUGGGACUUCUGGGUCUUUGGAGUGGUGUUGGAUUGGCUCUUUUCAUUAUCGGAACAACUCAGUGGUACUUUGUUCUGCAUGCAGACUACCGCAAACUUGUUGAAGAUGCCAUUCGGAGAAAUGAAUCUGCAUGA